AUGACAACUGAAGUUCAGUGCAACGGGCAUGUCGAUGCUUCACCGUUAAUUUCCAAUUCUUUGAACCACAAUGACAGUCAUCGAAGCUGGGUAGUACAGAAGUUUGGUGGCACAAGUGUGGGCAAAUUCGCUGUGAAUAUUGCAGAAGAUAUUGUACGUGCAAGCUUGAAAGAUCAUAGAAUCGCAGUUGUCUGCUCCGCGAGGAGUACCGGAAAGAAGGUCGAGGGCACAACAAGUCGAUUAUUAGAGAUCCACGGUGUCCUUCAAGCAGUCAAUUCUUUGAAAGACACAGAUUCAGAACACUACCGGAGCUUGGCCAGCAAAUACGAAGGGCUGGUGGAUGUUAUCUGCGACGAUCACAUUGCGGCAGCGAAGUCACAUAUACAGGAUGAAGCUAUAGCCUCGAAGCUGGCAAAGGACAUUGAGACAGAGUGCAAGGAGAUACGAGAAUAUCGAUUAGCCGUUGAACGAUGGCACCUAGAGAUCGAUUCAAGAUCGAAGGAUCGUCUUGUCAGUUUUGGAGAGAAACUUAGCUGUAGAUUUGUCGCAGCUUUAUUACAAGAUAGGGGAGUUGAUGCCGAAUACCUAGACCUCUCAGACGCAAUACAUUUCAAGUCGCCGAAGGGAAUGAACUUAGAGUUUUACAGAGACGUGGCUGUGGCAAUAAAAGAGAAGAUAGACGCCUGUGAGGACAGAGUGCCUAUUAUUACUGGAUAUUUCGGAACUGUCCCAGGUGGUUUAAUGGACGGAGAAAUUGGACGAGGAUAUACGGAUCUUUGCGCGGCAUUAGUGGCUGUUGGAGUCGCAGCAGAAGAAUUGCAGGUAUGGAAAGAAGUUGAUGGUAUAUUUACUGCAGAUCCCUCGAAAGUGCCAACCGCGCGGCUUUUGUCCACUAUAACACCAUCCGAAGCAGCGGAAUUGACGUUCUAUGGUUCCGAGGUCAUCCAUCACUUGACUAUGGACCAAGUAAUUCGAGCGACCCCACCCAUCAGGAUCCGAAUUAAGAACGUUAAGAACCCGCGAGGAAAUGGCACAAUCAUUCUGCCUGAUCCUAUAUUAGAACCUUCACAGCAUACCCAUAGCAGAAGUCCAAGCCCUGCAAACUUAAGAAAGACGCCCAAGCGCCCUACAGCCGUUACUAUCAAGGACAAAAUAUCCGUCAUAAACGUACACUCAAACAAGAGAUCGAUUUCGCACGGGUUCUUCGCCAAGGUGUUUUCUAUACUGGAUAGUCGACAGAUAUCUGUUGAUCUUAUUUCUACCAGUGAGGUUCAUGUCUCUAUGGCCGUUCAUUCAGCGCACAUCGCCGCAGAAGAGAUGCAGCGGACCAAGGCGGAGCUCCAAGAGUGCGGCGAAGUAAGCAUCCUUAGUGAAAUGGCCAUUCUCAGUUUGGUAGGAUCGGAAAUGAAAAAUAUGGUUGGAAUUGCCGGCAAAAUGUUUUCUACCCUAGGAGAAAACAACGUCAAUAUCGAAAUGAUAUCUCAGGGGGCGAGUGAGAUCAACAUAUCUUGUGUCAUAGAUGCUUACGAAGCCACACGCGCGAUGAACAUAUUACAUACAAAUCUUUUCACAUUUUUAGAAUAG